AUGGCUCUAUUCAUCAAGAAGCAGUGGAAGCUUAGGGGACAGGGUUGCCGAAGUCCCAGCACGGCAUCAGCCGGGGAUUCCGGGCUCAUCGUGUCGACUGAUCCACCUGGAAACGUAGUGCCGCAGAGGUCUGCGUCCAGCAAGAUCACAGGGCAAAUCCAACAUAUUCUUGAGGCGGCUUCCUCCCUCGAUAGGCCGAUUCUUUCGGAGGUGGUAUUGACUGAGUCAACAUCGCUUGAUGAUUCGGCAUCAUCGGCCAUUUCGAGAAUGACAGAUCUUUCGGACACGCAAUACGUGGCCAGUGCGCGUUCAGCACGCACCAACGCUGAGGCGAGCUUUCACUCUGGCUGCACGAAGCGUUCUCGAUUCGGGAUACGGGGCAUGAGGUCUAUGCACUGCACGAACCACCGGCAACCAGAUGAGAUAGAUCCUCUUCGGCCGCCAUGCAUGUCUCCCGGGUGCCGAGUCACCCCAACGUACUCCCCGCCGGGGACAAAGCCGGUUAGGUGCACAUCACAUAAGCUUGAGGGGGACGUGAACACCAAUCGGCGAAGGUGUGGCGAGGAGAACUGCAACGGCAGACCUUGCUUCGUGAACCCCAUGACGGGGGUCAGGCACUGUUUGGCCCACUUCUCCGACGGCGACACCGGGGGGCUGCGGGGGAUGUGCCAAGGUCGCGAUCAGGGGAGUUCGGUGCCGUGUAGGAAGUAUGCCACAUUCUCUACAGUGAAAGGGAAACCGUUGAGGUGCAAGGGACAUAGGCUGGCCGAUGAUGUCGACGUUGUCAACAAGAUGUGCGAAGCCGGGGGGUGCGGCAAGAGGCCAAGUUUUUCUCCCGUUGGGGAAGUGGCCAAGCGAUGCAAGAGUCACGCCUCGGACGGCGAUGUAAACGUCAACGGGAAGAAGUGUUGCGUAUUGAACUGUACUACCAAUGUCGGUGUCAAUAGGACGCGAUGCAAAGAGCACGCAACAUAG